GUAUGUGGAACAGUGCGGAAAUUUGUAGAUAUAGUUAGGUUGAAGAUGCGCAUGAGUAGGUAGGGCUAGACAAGAGCUCGACGACGCAAAGGUAGUUUCUAUAAAUUGAGGAAGGAAGGAAAAAAGGGGUAGGGAAUACCGAUGGAUCAGGUGAAUCGUGGUGGUUGAAAGUGGUAGCUCAGCAGUAGACGGUAGACAGCCGGUAAUCGAGUAAUAUUGCAGUCGAUUGCAGGAAAUCUGAAAGUUAUCUCGUUAUGGAGUUACGCGAAGUGAAUCGCACUUUUGAUACUGCGGAAGAAACUACGGAACUUUUAUCGCCAUCCCAUCGCGAUAACAUCGAAAUUGAAAGUUAUUUCAUCGAAUACGCUAUUCAAAAAGAAAUGAUAAAUCGCAAUCGAUGUCCCGCUAGCCGUCGUUUACUUAGUCAAACAGCUCAUUUGGCAGAUUUUACUUUUACUAAUGGCAAUAAUCAAAAGGAUACGUCGUCCGUCGGUAUCAGUAUGAUUCAUACUUCGAACGCGAAUUGGCCUCCUUCUAGAAAGAGGGAAGAGGCAAGAGCGUUGGAAAAUCUUCGAAAAAGAGUGGAGCAAUCGAAAUUAUAUAAAGCAAAUCGAAUUUCAGAUACCUGCGGAUCGACUUCUACAUCUUCGGUUUUGAAUAAUGAUCAAAUUCAUCAGCUUGACAAUCGGCCGAAGCUGUUAAAAAAGAUCCUGAGUAACAGGCCGAUGAGUAUCGCACAUGAUAGUAACGAUUUGGAGACUGACUGGCGAGAUAGCGAAUUUAUAACGGAAUGUUUAUGCUGGCACAAUGUUUAUCGACAAAGACACAAUGCUCCACCCUUAACCAUGUCGCCGCAGUUGUGUGAGUAUGCACAAACAUGGGCCAAUCAUUUAGCACACACCAACACAUUUUACUAUAGAAACGAUCGAGAAGUUGGACAAAAUCUUUAUUGUCGACCUGGUGGUGCUGUCCCUACCGAUGUAACUGGACAAGAUGUUGCAUCGUAUUGGUAUUCAGCGGUGAAACAAUAUGACUUUUUAAAAGAACCGGAUAUUCUUCAUGCUAAUGUAAACGCAGGCCAUUUUACGCAAGUAAUUUGGGCAAGCAGUCGUUAUUUCGGGGUUGGAAAAGCACGUAGUAGAAGCGGAAAAAUCAUCGUAGUAGCCAAUUAUCAACCUGUUGGUAAUAUAUCCGGACAAUUUCAAACUAACGUGUUACCCCCUUUACCCGAAAAUGUAAAUAUCACUUUAUCAUCUCAACGACAACCAUCCAUAAAAGUCUUUCGUGACCAUUACAUUGCAUCUGAUUCGCCACCACUAGCAUCAUCCUCUGUACCGCUUUCGGAUACAGCAUCAACGGACAGUGAUCAUUCUUCCGUUAGUUCUACGCAAUAAUAUAGACGACCGAAUUGCCUUUUCUGCGUUUGCACGCGCGGAUGGGAUGGACAUUAAUCAGAUUUGAUUUCUUUCACCUUUUUCUUGUUAUUUCAUCUAACUUGACUAAAAUUUAAGAAAGAGAAAUACAUAAUACACACGCAAUGACAAACCAGAAAGAUUGAAAUAUGCUUACAAUACAUACAUAUAUAUGUACACACGCGCGCACACACACACGCACACACGCGCACACACGCGCGCACACGCGUAUGUAUGUAUUGUAAGCAUAUUUCAAUCUUUAUGGAUAUAUAUGGAUCUAUAUAUAUAUAUAUGGAAAAUGUUUGUAAACGUAAAUUAGUCAAUAAUUAUAUUCGAUUAUUUAUUUUUAUUAUAUUUAUUUAUUUAUUUAUUUGUCUAUUCCCGCAAGCAAGAAAAGAAGGUAGAAAUAAUAAGAAAAAACAGAAUAAAUUUUCAUUUUAAAACUAGCGUGCAAAUCUCGUAGAACAGGCAUGUGCGGGUACUUUUACAUAAUUAUGUGAUUCGCAUAAAAUUUGAUGAUCUGAAAGAACUUGAUAUUUCAUAAAUAGGAAUAGUGAAGAGCAAAAAAUCGAUAUGCUGUGUAUUAUACUCUUAUAUAUACAUAUAUACAUAUAUGAGCAGUAUACAGAAUUUGACAUUUUUUGUACAUUGUACGUACCACAACCGAUUUCUUGUCAAGUAAAACAUACUGUUUAUCAUAAAUAUGUUAUAAGUAUUAUCUAUUUGUACUAUAUUAAAGGAAAAAUAAUAUAUUAUUCGCUUGCAGCGAUUCGUUUUUGGCUUAUACAAAUUACAAUAAGUAAACAGACAAGAUAUUGAAAACUGUAGAUUACGGGUUGGAUAGAGUACAAAUUAAAUACAAGAUCCUAAAUCCGUGUAUAAUUAUCUACAUGCUCAUACAUACUGCUCAUUAAAUGUAUACGUUCAAUUCGAGAAUAUUUUCUCUUCGUGACAAUAGUAUAUGAAUAUUGUAUAUAACAUGUUAAAAAGUGAAAAUGUUUUAAAAAUUUGCAAACUCGUAAUACUUGAUGAGUGUAGGGUAAAAAAAACUUGUUUGCAACAAUUUAAUGUGUAAACAAUAGUUUCAUUUUUCGAUAAUGUUUAGUUAUUUAUGUAUUUAUUUAUUUAUAACGUGUCCACUUACACACGACAUAACUAAAGAUAGCAAAAGAAUUAUUCAAUUCUCGUAUAAUUUUCCAUGAUUUUUUUUCACUGAAUAUUUAAAUGGGCACUAAAAUGAAAAUGUACAACUUCAUUUAAAAUGAUUAAUUUGUGGACUGUUUUUCUUUUGGGUCAAGUUUGUAUAUUUUUCGAUUAUUUCCCUUUUUUAACAUGAUAACAUACGCUUAUUUAUAUAAAUGACAACUUUAUUCUGUAAAUCAGAUCUGUUCAACGGCGGAACCUUUGAGGCUGUGUAGUUCUUCAUCACUUGUAGUGAAAUAGAGGAUCUUUGAGAAAAAUAUUGUUAUUAACGAUAGAUGCCUUAUACGUACCAGUGUUCCUCUACACUGAAACACGAUCUGGAAUUCCAUAGCUAAUCGGCACACGCGAUGAAGAGAUCUGAUAUAUGUAAAUUCUUCAUAAUUAUAUUGUAUGCGCGUUGACGAAAUUUGUAUUUUAAGAAUCUAUCGUCCGCACUUAAAACAUCAACGUUUACCAUAAAUUCAAUGAGUUUCUUAGAGUUAGUUUGGAACUGAAAAUUAUUGAUAUAUAGGGCUUUUUGUUAUAAAUAUUAGAUGAUAUCUUUUUGUAAAAUUAACCCUUCGUUGGAAAACUGAGUCGUUAUACCUCCUCCAAAUUUUUAUUUUUAUUGUCAAAUUUUUCAAAUGUUCAGCUUGACAAAUACAAUUUGUAUAGCGUAAUAUAAACAUUGAUAAGUAAUUAUGAAAUUUUAAAAAAUUUUUUGAAAGAAUAGAUUGGUUAGGAAAUUUAACUUGAAUAUGAACGAUCUAGUUAAACGGCCUUACAGAUUGUAAAAAGAGAUGUUUAUCUACGAAGGGUUAAUAUAUAUUCAAUAUCUAACAAUCAGUAUACCUAAUAGAAGGAGAAACAUGCCUAAUUGCUUGAUCCUUAUGUAUACAUAUACAUAUAUAUCUUCCGGGUCUCGAAAGUAUACUGAAUACCUGUUUCAUAAUUUGCGAACAAACAGAUACAUCACGGAUUUAUACGUGAAUAUAUAUGCUACGAUACACGGAGAUUUUAUUUGCUCAUUGAUUUUAUCUCUAUGCAAACAAAAAUUAACAGUAAUCGUUAAAACUUUUCCUUUAAUUUUCUAGAUGUUACGAUUUAUUUGAUAUUUUUAUUUUUGUUUGAGCGAAAGUAGUUAUUAUCAAAUAAAAUCAUAGUGCUCAAGAAAAUUAAAUAUACCAACAAGAUUACAUUUCGUUCUUAGAUACGUAGCAAAUAAUAUCGUAAAUUUAUCAAAAAAUGAUGCUUUUUUUUAAAUUGGAUUUACUUCAUGGUUUCAAUCGUAUCAAUAGUAUAGGUGCAUUGAUCAUUAUGUUAAAAUUGAAUGUAAUAUGAUUAUAAUUGAAAAAGUCGAGGUGAAAAAGCAAUAUUAUGAAUCGAAAAUAGCUUUUAAUUGCCUAUGAUCGAGUGACUCAAUGAGUAUAUUGACAACGAGUACCAAGUUGAUAAAAAUAUAAAGAAAUGUCAUUAGGACGGUCUUAUUAUUAGCUUCUUUCAAUCGACGUACUUCCAACAAUACUGCCAGUAGUCAAAUUUUGGUAAGCGAAUAUUCAGCUGUUGAUCAAAGAUGGUAUGAAAUCGUUUUAAUUUUGUUGAAUUUCCAUAUAUGAUUACAACGACUUAGAGUUAUAAAAUCUAAGGAGCAAAAGUCAAUGUACUACGUUUGUAUUUAUCAAUGUAAAUCCGAAUUUUAGAAAUCUGGUAUUUUAGUAACAAAUAACAUCAAUACACGGUAAACGUUGUCAAAGAACACUUUUGUUGAGUACCAGGAAGCUUUGGUUAGGGGUAGCACGAGAAAACCUUCUACGAACUUAUACACCUGCAAUGAUAGUAAUAUCGUACAGCUUUAAUAUUCUGCUAUUUUUCGUAUUUAUAAAGUUUUAAUACUACGAUAUCCUUGUACAUUGCCUGUAAAGCGCGAACAAUAUUUUGUUAUGCUUGUUUGUAAUUUGUUGUUUAUCCUUCUAUUUCAUAAAUAUAAUCAUUACUGUUAAACAUAGCGUAUGAAUAAAUGAUCGUCUAAUUGAAGAAAAGAGAUCUAAAUUGAUCGUUUACUUAAGCUUAAAAAAGGUGCGAUAAUAAUAUAUUGAUUUAUGCGCGUGUGUUUGUGCGCCAUGUGUAUGCAAUUCUUUUAAUCUUUUGACUGCAUUUUAAUAAUUAUAAAUAUGUUGUUGGUGGAAAAGAUAUAGCGAAAUCAGAGAAUUAGCCAGACUUUAAAAUGGAUUUUGAAAUAGAGGGUUGAAAUAGAGGACUUGAAAUUUAAGAUUUUUUCAUUUUAGUCUAAUAAACAUCAGCCUUAGGUGCAUCUACGUCAAUCAGUAUCUUCGCUUUAAUUUAUCACUGCAAUAUUUCUUUUCCAUCGGCACUAUUGUUAUUAAUAUAUUUAGUAAUAAUAAACUUACUUGAACUUAUUUUACUUUCAUUUGGUGUAAUAUGUAUGAAAUUUUGUAAAUAGGAAAAACAAAUCUUGUUUAGCAUUGUCCAUGAACUAAACAAGUAAUUAAAAGUAAUACAUGCUACUUAUGUAUUAUACAUACAUGAUUUGCAAAAAUUUAAGCCAAUUGUAAGUUAAAAUCUGCUUCUUCCCAUUAGUAUAGAUAACUGAUUGUAUGUAUUCAUUGUUAUUACGUUGAAAAAAUAUACUUUUUACAAAAACG